AUGAAGCUGUUCGUAGUUAUAAGCUUAUUUCUAGUGGGCUGUAGUGCCCUAACGACGAAACAGGAACGGCGAUUUCCUGAUGAUUUCCUCUUUGGGACAGCUACUGCAGCGUAUCAAAUAGAAGGAGGAUGGAACGCAGAUGAUAAAGGCGAAAGCAUUUGGGAUCGCAUGACUCACAGUAAUCCAACUGUAAUCAAGGACCUGAGCAAUGGUGACAUCACGUCGGACACUUACAACAACUACAAGCGCGACGUUGAGAUGAUGAGAGAACUUGGUCUGGACGCUUACCGUUUCUCUCUAUCCUGGUCCAGAAUAUUGCCCAAUGGCUUAGCCAACAAGGUCAGUGAAGCAGGCGUUGCGUUCUACAACAAUUAUAUCGAUGAAAUGCUAAAAUAUGGUAUCACUCCAAUGGUAACACUUUAUCAUUGGGAUCUACCCCAAAAACUUCAAGAUUUAGGUGGCUUUAUGAGCCCUCUGUUCCCGGAGUGGUACGAAGACUAUGCUAGAAUAGUGUUUGAGCUAUUUGGAGACAGAGUUAAGCAUUGGAUAACGUUUAACGAACCUAGAGAGAUCUGCUAUGAAGGAUACGAUUGGAUUUCAAAGGCCCCACAAGUAAACGCCACGGGCAUAGGCGUAUAUCGCUGUGCAAAGAACCUAGUCAUGGCACAUGCUAGAGCUUAUCACGCCUACAAAAAUGACUUUGCUCCAAGUCAAGGUGGAGUUUGUGGCAUUACAAUCAGCGUUAAUUGGUUCGGGCCAAAGACUGACUCAGAAGAAGACCAAUUUGCAGCUGAAUUAAAGAGACAAGGAGAGUGGGGCCUCUUCGCAGAGCCAAUAUUUUCAGAAGACGGUGGAUUUCCUAAGGAACUUUCAGAAAAAGUCGCCCAAAAAAGUAUUGAGCAAGGAUAUCCCAGAUCCCGCAUGCCUGAGUUUACUGAUGACGAGAAGGCCUUUGUAAAAGGUUCAGCUGACUUCUUCGGAGUGAAUCAUUAUUCAUCCUUUUUAAUUUCGGCAACGGAAGAUAAGGAGGAGUAUGUAGUACCUUCUUUAUAUGAUGAUGUAGAUGUUGGAAGCUAUGUUCCAGGUGAUUGGCCUACAGCUGCAUCCUCAUGGUUAAACAAAGCACCUGAUAGUAUCCUCAACGCACUUACCCAUCUCAAGAAUAAAUAUAACAGCCCCGUGAUUUACAUUACCGAGAACGGCUGGUCUACCUCUCCUGGUGAUGGACUCGUAGAUGACGACAGGAUAAGCUACUACCGAGCGUCACUUGAAAGUGCCCUAGAUGCUUUGGACGCCGGCGUGAACCUAAAAGGAUACAUGGCAUGGAGUCUAAUGGACAACUUCGAAUGGAUGGAAGGCUUCACAGAGCGUUUCGGUCUAUACCACGUGGACUUCGAGGACCCGGCACGCACGCGCACGCCCAGGAAAUCGGCCUUCGUGUACAAGCAGAUCAUAAAGACGCGAGUCAUCGACCACGAGUACGAGCCCAGCUCUAUGACCAUGACCAUCGACGAGGGUCACUAA